AUGGGAAUGGUGCCACCACCGCCCGGUGCAAGACCUCCAUAUGGAAUGGGACCGCCCACGGAUCCAUAUCAACCGCAAGGAUUCUUUUCGAGUCCUGGAGCUAGAGGACGUGGAGCAUCAGCAUUUAGAGGAGGAUGGUAUGGAGGUGCGACAACGAUGCCGCUCCCAGUUCCACCACCUCCACCACCGCCAAUGGGUGGAUUUCCACCACCUCCUCCUCCACCCCCUCCAGCUCCACAAACGGACCUUUCGCGGAUCCUAUCGGCCCCAGCUCCGCCACCCCCUCCACCUCCUCCACCUCAACAGUAA